AUGAUCAUCAUAGUUUUUUUUGCACUUGAAUAUGGUUUUUAUGUAAAAUUAAUCGAAUCAUUUCUUGCAAUCCUUCAAUGUGGACAAAAAUGGACCAAAGAAAAAUUGAUACUUCUCUUUCGUGCACUUGUUCUUUCAAGUAUUGGUCAAUUAUUUGUCUUACCAUUACUUAUAUGGAGUCCUGAUCAACGUGAUUAUUAUGCUGUUCUAAUUUGUUUUAUAUUUACAAUACUUUGUCAUGCACAAGCACUUAAUGUUUCUCAAUUAUUAUCACCAUUGAUAUCAUUUAUGUCAUCAACAAUUGCUAUUGUUUUAUCAAAACUUUUUGUUUUAUUUUUUUCAACAAAUUAUUUUUUAAAUAAUGUAUAA